AUGCAAGGCUCGCGUGAAGCUUUAAAGCUUUCAAAUGCUGAGAUCGAAACUUUAAAAGAAAAUACAAUUUUACUGGGCAUGUACAUAUAUAUCGGAGAAAUAUCGACUAUCCAUCGUCAUAAGGGUCACGUCGGCGGUUGUGGUGUGACAGACGAGGUCGUACAAUGGAUGGAGAGGAUACAGAGUUCUGGAGUGGAUGAUGACGCACUGCCUUCACCACCUCCCGCAUCUACAAGCACGCACCAUCACCCUUCGUCGCCUACACCAUCGCACCCAAAUAGUCUUAGGGAUGAUCCGCCUAGACAUUGGGAACACCAUCAUCACAAUAAGUACUCACGUGCUGCGAACACGGGAGAGCAUCCGCGGGCAAAGCGGGCAACUGAAUCCAAAAUUAAGAACACAUGUUCGCUGUAUAUACAAACGGAUCCGCUUAUAUGGAGACAUGUGAGGGAGGGGUUUCCCGAUCAUCUCGACCGUAGCAAAAAGAAUGAGAUCGACAUGAAGACACGCGAAGAGAUCCUCUCUCUCAUCUCUCACCACGUGACAGCUGUCAACUAUAUCUACCGGGACACGAAGUUUGACGGGCGACGCGAGCAUCGGAAUAUUCAAUUUGAAGUUCAAAGGAUAAAGAUCGACGAUGAUUCUGCGUGCAAGAAGCACCCGUUCGCAACGGAAACGAACCAAUUCUGCUGGGAGAACAUUGAUGUGUCAAAUUUUCUGAAUCUCCACUCACUGGGCAAUCAUGAAGACUUCUGCCUCGCGUAUAUGUUCACUUAUCGGGACUUCACUGGUGGAACUCUGGGUCUAGCCUGGGUAGCGAGCGCAAGUGGCGCCUCUGGGGGCAUCUGCGAGAAAUACAAAACCUACACCGAGACCACUGGGGGUCUAUACCAAAGUACCAAGAGGUCCCUCAACACUGGUAUCAUCACAUUCGUGAACUACAACAGUAGGGUGCCACCUAAGGUCAGCCAGCUUACGUUGGCACACGAGAUUGGACACAAUUUUGGAUCGCCGCACGACUACCCCUCAGACUGUCGGCCUGGAGGCCAACAAGGGAAUUUUAUAAUGUUCGCAUCGGCCACCUCUGGUGACAGGCCCAACAAUAGCAGGUUUUCAACCUGCUCUGUCAGCAAUAUCAGCGCUGUAUUGGAUGCUGUAAGGGACGGAAGGAAAAGGGACUGUCUGAAGGAAAGCGCUGGAGCGUUCUGCGGGAAUAAGAUUGUCGAGGUCGGAGAGGAGUGUGAUUGUGGUUAUGACGAAAUCGAGUGUAAGGACCGAUGCUGUUAUCCUCGACAAGUGAGCACAUAUGACCUUGACCGGAACUCGUCCGCUAAGGGCUGUCAGAGACGGGCCAAUACGCAGUGCAGCCCCUCCCAAGGCCCGUGCUGUCACGCGCAGACGUGCCAGUUCGUGUUGGCCUUCCGUAACCAGACGUGUCGUGAAGCGACCGAGUGCAGCCACGCCUCCUACUGUUCCGGGCGCUCCGCCGACUGCCCCAACCCCAGGUCUCUGCCUGAUCAUACCAAGUGUAAUAAUGGUACCCAGCUAUGCAUAAAGGGCGAUUGCAGCGGUUCCAUGUGCCUCGCGUGGAACAUGAAGGAGUGCUUCCUCUCCUCGUCGCCAACCAAAAUCGGGGAUGGGGUCACGGCAGUUGUCAACCGCAGGGCCUUGUGUCAGCUCGCGUGUCAGACGGGGCCGGAGCCCGACUCCUGUCGCAGUACGGCAGACUUCGCCAAGCAAGUGGGUCUGCCCAGUGAGGGUAUCAGCUUGAGACCUGGAUCGCCGUGUGACAAUUUCCAGGGUUAUUGCGACGUGUUCCUGAAAUGUCGGGCCGUGGACGCCGAGGGCCCUCUAGUCCGGUUGAAGAACCUCCUCUUGAACCGCGAGACCCUCCAGACCUUGCAAGAGUGGGUGACCGAGAAGUGGUGGGCAGUUCUUCUCGGCGGGGUCAUCCUGGUGGUGCUGAUGGGAGCCUUUGUCAAGUGCUGCGCCGUUCAUACGCCUUCCUCGAACCCCAAGCGACCGCCGGCCAGACGUUUUUCCGAAACCUUGCGUCGUCCGAUGAACACUUUGCGUCGGAUGCGUGGCGGCAACGCGGAGCCGCGUCGCGCAGGCCACGCCCCUCCGCGGCCUGGUCACCGCAGGGCCAGGAACCACAAGGGAUACGCCCCUCCACUCACCUAUACUGCCCGGGAACUGGGCGCGGGUGGGCCAGGCCCGAGCGGGCGUCGCGAGCCGUACGCCAACGCGUACCCGCAGGCGUACGAGAUGCGUCCGGCGCACAAGGUCUGA